UUUGAGCUCUCUCCGCACGCCUCCUCAUAACAUUCAUUUACCUUCAAUUUUUUUUUUUUAAUCUCCAUCUAUUUCUAGUCUUUUGGGCUUCCUUGGAAAGAUGGAGAUUGUUUGGGAUCCGAUUUUCGUUGAAAAGUGUGGCGUCCAUGUUCACCGAUCUCCUCUAAUUCCUCGAUGGACGUUGAAACUUAACGUCGAGAGCGAUGAGUGCACUGUAUUUGUGGGGAAAUUUGGGGGCGAGAGUGAAAGAAACAGCGUGGUUUGUGGAUUGUGAUGAAGCUGUUCGAUGAAUUGACUUAUGGGAUUCAUGGUGUUGAAUUUUUCAGGUGGAAGCGUGAAUCGGAAGAAGAAAGGUGAAGACUUUUUAUGGCGAUCUGAUUCAAAAGGCAAAGGCGAGAGAUUCCCAAUUGGCAAAGAGGAGCUUUCUGUUUCCACAGAUAAAGCUCUCUGGGAUUCGAUUUUUCCCAAAGCUUUCAUUUCAUCUCUUCGUUGCUCUCUCUCUCUCGCCUGUUUCACACUAUGGGAGCUGGAGUAGCUUCGCCACCUCUGCCUUUGUUCCGGCCCAUCGUCCCAAAAGGUCCCUCGGCCGCUCGAGCUGUAGCUUCUGCGGUAUUCGCUUCUCCAUCUUCUUCGAAUAGACUGAGUGUUCUUAGCAAUCCAUCAUCCGCACAACUGCCCGGGUGCCAAUCGAGUGAGUUCUCGAGACACAGGCCCCGCCCCAUCCAGCGAGCUUGCACUGCAAGCUUCGGUUCCUUCUCAAAUGAGGAGUUCUCGGAUCAACGUGAGGAAUUAGCACGCCGGAUGGGCAACGAAUUUGCCUCUUGCUCUGGAGAUGGCUUCAGCCUAAAUGGGAGGGAAACUGACGCACCAAAUUGGGAAGAUGGCACUAAUUCUGUGACGAGUAUUGAACGCAAGGCGAGUUGUGUGGAUCUGCCUGUCUCGGUUCGGAUGCUUAAGAGGAAGCUGCAAUGGCAAGAGGGGUUCCGAGAAGCAGGGGAGACAGCUUACUGUUCGAUCAAGACGGCGUUUAGUUCCACGGUGUUCAUAGUCAGAGAGAUCCAAAGCUACGCAUUGCAGAUGAGGGAAAUUCCUUUAUACGAAGAUUUGCAGAGCCUGCUGGUUCGUGUACAAGAAGACAUGAAUGCUUCAUUCGUGUGGCUAUUCCAGAGGGUAUUCUCGCAGACACCUACGUUAAUGGUAUACUUGAUGAUUUUAUUAGCAAAUUAUUCGGUGCACUCGAUGGGCUGCAGCCCUGCGAUUGCAGCUCCACCACCAGCCUUGGAGGCUGUUUCCAUGGUCGAGACUCAGGAGAGUGAACACGAAAGUUUUGGUUCUUCGCCUACAAAAGCAUUUUCAAUCUCGACCCCAGCAUCUGGUGCAAAUUCGACUUCAGUUGGCGGUAGAGAUGGUGGUGGCGGCGGGAAUUUCCUGCCAGGUAUUAGUGGAACGGAUGGAGAGGGGCAUCCCCAUCCCAGUCGGUCAGGUUAUCGGGAUGCCAUACUCCCUAACGAGUUUUCAAUGUCUUCCUCUCUUGGAUCAUUGAGAGAAGAGGAGGUUGAUCUUUGGAAAGCUAUUGUGGAAGAAGCUUCUAAAAUGGAGGCUGCAAUAAGAGAUGAAGCUCUCGACCGUGAGACCGUGGCGAAUUUUGUGUCACCAGUGAUAGCAAAGUUGGAAGCCGAUGAGGAACAUUCUGAGUACUCGAAGACGGAGGUUCUUUAUCAAAUUGGACUGUCUCAAGAUCCUAAUAAUCAGCUUCUUCUCGCCAACUACGCCCAGUUUCUCUACCUCGUGACCCACGAUUACGACAGAGCUGAGGAGUACUUCAAGAAGGCUGUUGCAGUAGACCCGCCAGAUGCGGAGGCGUUCAAUAAGUACGCAACAUUUCUGUGGAGAGUCAGGAACGACUUAUGGGCGGCCGAAGAGACCUUCUUGGAAGCCAUUUCUGCUGAUCCGACAAACUCUUUCUAUGCGGCAAACUACGCGCAUUUCCUGUGGAACACUGGGGGUGAGGACACAUGCUACCCCCUUGCUCCCCCGGACCAAGAUAACAGUUACUCCCAGGAGGCUUAGUAGACUAGGAAGAGCAAGUGCAAACUUCAUGGUCCGAAGAAAUCAGGAGGAACACGGGGGGUACAGGGAAGGGCAUGAAAAGAGGAGGUUUCUUUUCGCCUAUGCCUUCCUCGGAGUAAUAUCGCAAGUCUCGGCAUGAAUCUGAAUUGUUCAUCCGAGGAAAUAGGCGAAAGGUAAAAACGUAUGUCAUGAGAGUGUGGAUUGACAGGAUGAGGAGUAGGACGAGGGUUUCAAGUGACGAUGGGUUUUGAUCUUUGGUGGGGUGGAUGAGAUCCAGUUUUGUACAGUCACAAGAGUAAUGUAAAGUUUUUUCUUCACAUAUAAAAGCUCCGAAGAACAAGCCAAGAAUAUCGUAUCUUACUAUUUGUUGUCUGCCUACUCCCUAUGUGGCUUGAGUUCAUGUACUUGCUUUGGAGGAUCUUCCAUCCGCUUCAGACGAUGAUAUUUGAUCAACCGAUGCUUGUUCAA